AAAAAAAAAAUCAUUCUAGCUCAACAGAAAUAUAUAAAAACAAUCCUUAAUUCCACAUAGAGGAUGUAAUAACAAUUUAUCUACGAGAGUUGACUGCAUUUAAGUAUAGUCGAAGGUUUGCGCUGCAAAUCGAAAAAUAUUUGUGACUUUCUUGGAACUUGAAUGCAAUACUUAAAUCUUGUUAUGAUUGUUUAUUUGCUUCUCUAGCACAUGUGUCGAAAGCACUUCUGAUUUUUACUAACUGUAAUAUAUUAAGUUAACUGUUAAACAAAAAAAAAAUUAGUUUACUGUGUAAAUUAAUUACAUUAGCAGAUAGUCAAUGCUCACUUAUGUAAGUAGAUCCGUGCCACGUGUCACGUGAUCCAUCAUCUUCUUCUUCUCGUGAUAACUGAUGAACCCAUAGUGUUUUAAAAAUAAUACUAUUUGAGUUAGGAUCACAUGGAAUAUGCUUAUUCAAAAAAAAAAAGAAUAAAAAAAAAUUGAUUCCUUAGUGAUCAUUUUACAGACUGGUCUUUUCUUCUCUUUCUUUCUUUCUGGCUUUAGCCUAUCUGUGACCCAUCUUUGUCACUUUGUAACAGAACAUAGAAUAAGGAGGUAAUGAAAAAUGGUACGGAGAAGGUAGAAGAUGAUGGACCUACUACUGCUUGAAUCUUUGGCGGGCACAAACAGGUCACUUUCAAUGAUACUUGCUGUCCAGUUCUGUGUGAGAGAGAGACAGAAGUAAAAUAAGUUCAGAUUGUUUGUCAAGAAGAUUUUAAAUUUAAUCACAGAUCUUCUGUUCUUAUGAAGAGAUCUUUCCUUCUCUGGUAUGUGCUCCUGGUACAAGCAUUCUUCUAUGGUGCUUGGUAUAGUGUUGGUGGAAGCCUGCAUUGUGAAUAUUCAAACUCGGUGAUUCUUCACCGGCCUCACAGCGUCUCAAUCACAGAGUUUGGAGCUGUUGGGGAUGGUGUCACUCUAAACACUAAAGCCUUUCAGAAUGCUUUGUUCUACCUCAACUCUUUCUCUGAUAAAGGAGGUGCCAAGCUUUUUGUUCCUGCUGGUCAGUGGCUUACCGGGAGUUUCGACCUUAUCAGUCACUUAACGUUAUGGCUAGACAAGGGUGCCACCAUUCUCGGUUCAACGAGCUCGGAGAAUUGGCCUGUGGUUGAUCCUUUACCAUCAUAUGGACGAGGAAGAGAGUUGCCUGGUAGAAGACACAGGAGUCUUAUAUAUGGUCAGAACCUCACAGAUGUAGUCAUAACAGGGGAGAACGGGACAAUAGAUGGUCAAGGAAGUGUAUGGUGGGAUUGGUUUAGACAUGGAGAGCUAAACUAUACAAGACCUCAUAUUGUUGAGCUUAUAAACACUACUGGUCUCAUCAUCUCUAACCUCACCUUCUUGAAUUCACCCUUUUGGAACAUUCAUCCUGUUUAUUGCAGAGAUGUUCUUGUAAAGAAUCUCACAAUUUUGGCUCCUCUUGACUCUCCAAACACAGACGGAGUUGAUCCAGAUUCAUCAACUAACGUUUGCAUAGAGGAUUGUUACAUAGUUACUGGAGAUGAUUUAGUGUCGAUAAAAAGCGGAUGGGAUGAGUACGGCAUAUCCUACGCAAGACCGAGCUCCAAGAUCAAGAUCAACCGGUUAACGGGUCAAACCACUUCAAGCUCAGGAAUAGCCAUAGGAAGUGAAAUGUCAGGAGGUGUUUCUGACAUCUAUAUCAAAGACUUACAUCUAUUCAACUCCAAUACCGGUAUCAGAAUCAAGACUUCUCCCGGACGAGGCGGGUACGUUAGAAACGUUCAUGUGUCUAACGUGAAGUUCCAUAACGUGCAGAAAGCUAUUAGGUUCACGGGUAAGUACGGUGAACAUCCUGAUGAAAACUUCGAUCCCAAGGCACUUCCGGUUAUAGAGAAGAUCACGUUUGAGAAUAUUAAUGGUGAAGAUAUCGGUGUGGCGGGUCUUCUUGAAGGUAUUGAAGGAGAUGAGUUUAAGAACAUAUGUUUCCUUAAUGUUACUCUUACAGUGAAGAAGAACUCGAAGAAAGCUCCAUGGAAAUGCUCACACGUUAGAGGCUACUCACAGUGGGUUUCGCCGGAGAUUACUUGUGAUUCUUUUGGAGAGAGUAUCUUCCCGGAGCAUAGCUCUGAUUGUUUUGGGUUAUCAGAGAAUAAUCUGGAGAAAUCAAGUGGUUUAAGUAGAUCACCAUGGUUGCUUUCUUGGUAAGUUACUGGAGUUUGACCUAAGGGAAACACACACAGUUUGCUUGAGUGUGAAGAAACCUCUUCAAAUUUUCCUUCCAUUUUUUUUCCGAGGUUUUGUUUUUCAAAAGUGAUGCUUUCGUCCUUUCUUCAUUUUUGUUGUUUUGUUGUAAAUUUGUGUGCAGUGAGGAGAAUAAUCAGAGUGACUUGAGAGCUUUUUUGUUGUUGUUUUUUUGUAUGGAUUUUUAAUGCUUUGGUGAGCAGAACAAGUGUAAUAUCUUCUUCACAAAGAGACUUGAAACUGA